GUCCAAAGAAAAACAAAAACAAAACCCUAAAUAUAGAAAUGAGCACGGUGAAAAGGCUGGUGGCUGAUAACCCAGUGGUGAUCUUUAGCAAAGCAUCUUGUUCCAUAAGUCAUUCCAUCAAAACACUCAUAAGAAACUUUGGGGCUAACCCGACUGUAUACGAGCUGGAUGAAAUAUCGAACGGGGAACUAGUGGAGAAGGAGUUAACAGAGUUAGGUUGCAGUCCAAGCGCACCGGUUGUUUAUAUAGGGAAGAAACUGGUUGGUGGUUCUAAAGAGGUGAUGAGCCUCAAUAUGAGAAGCAGUUUGAAGCCCAUGCUCAUUGAAGCUAAUGCUAUAUGGCUCUAAUAUCAAGAGAGGAUAAUUAACACUAUAUGGCUCUAAUAUCAAGAGAGGCUAAUUAACACUAUAUGCCUUUAAUUAGGAGGCCUAAUAGGAAUAAGCAAGUUUAAACCAUUGAGAUAUCUCAUGGAUGAUAUGGCCAUCAAAUUUCAUCUUUCUUUUUCAUUUGUUUUGGAGUGUAAUGAAAGGAUAAUAGAUCCUUGAUCAAGUUUCAUGUAAUAUAUUACGAAAGGAUAAUAGAUCCUUGAUCAAGUUUCAUGUAAUAUCCUUUCAAAAAAAAAAAAGGAA